AUGAGUAAUUACGAAGAUGACCAAAGUGAAGAUGGAGAAUUAGCACGUAGUCCUGUUCAAGACGAAAUGGAUUUUAGUCUCUCCGAUGAAGAUCGAGAUAACGCAGAUUCCUUAGUAAUUAAACCACCACAAGCAGUUAUUCGUUCUCACCGAGACAAAAGAAAUCAUAAGAGAUCUGUCAAAGACAGAUACAAGGAAAGUGUUCGAAAGGAUAAGAAACACCUCUACAGGGAACGUGAUAAGUCGGAAAAAACAAAACGUGAGUUCAGUAGAAAUUUAGAACGUGAAGAAAUGCCUAAAGAUUAUUACAAGGAGAAACAAUAUUAUAGAGAAAAGGAAACAUAUCGGGAGAAAGACAUUCGUGAUAAAGACAUGUAUCGUGAGAGAGAGGUUAGAGAAAAAGAUAUUUAUAGGGAAAAGGACAUAUACAGGGAAAAGGAUCCAUAUAGGGAGAGGGAGCACUAUCGCGAGCGGGAAGUGUAUAGGGACAAUGCCUACAGAGAAAGUGCUAGACCAAAAGAUGUUUACAGGGAGAAAGAGAUUUACAAGGAUAAGGACGUUCAACGGGAGAGGGACAUAUAUGUCACUCGUGAUCGUCAAUAUAAGUAUAGUGAACCUGAGAGAAAACGCAUGGAAAAUGAUAGAAUAGAGUCACGGCUGAGGCUUCUCGCUGAUGAUGGUAGACCCAAUCAAAAUAGUGAGAAAGAAAAUAGGGAUAAGACAUCUGGAGAUAAGGAGUUAGAAGAUUUAAGAAAUAAACAUCAGCAGGAAAGAAGGAAAAGAUUGCUUGAAGCAGAACGAGAAAUGGUCAAGCGGAAACACGAGUCUCGGGUAGAAUUGGAAGCUAGACGUGAAGAACGUCGACGUCGCGGUAAGAAGAGAUCAGUUUCACCCGAGGACAGCUCAAAUAAGAAAAAUAAAACAGAACAUUCUCCUAAUUACGGGGACUCUGUGGUUACUGUGUCAGAUGCAAGUGAUGUGGAAAUGAAGAGUGAUUCCGGCCAUUCAGAGCCUGAGGAAGGGGAACAUUCAAAUACAGAAACUGAAGAACAUAGCACAGAGACCGAAUCAGAUUCUGAUGGUGGGGCAGAAUCCAAGUCCGAUAAUGAAGUACAAGAAGAAAAAACAAUGAAACAAGAUCAUAAGGAUAACAUCAGUGAAAAGGAUAAGUCCAGGCAAAAUUCACGAUCACCUGUAUCAGUCAAGUCUAACCAUGAGAGUCCAUCUUCACAUGAUUCCAAAAGGUCACAUUCACGUUCAAAGAGUAGAAGUCGUUCACAUUCUUUCUCACCUCCACCGCCUGGAGAAAAUGGUAAAACUGAGACAGUUGAAAACACUCAGGAAGAUGAUGAGGAAGCCAAAUUAAGAGAAGAGGCAAUCAGCGCUCUUCCACCAUACUAUCCAGCACUACAGGGUUGUAGAUCGGUUGAGGAGUUUCAAUGUCUAAACAGAAUAGAGGAAGGCACAUAUGGAGUUGUUUACAGAGCGCGUGACAAAACUACGGAGGAAAUAGUCGCUUUGAAACGACUAAAAAUGGAGAAGGAGAAAGAAGGAUUUCCCAUCACAUCAUUGAGAGAAAUCAAUACAUUGCUUAAGGGACAGCAUCCCAACAUAGUGACGGUGAGGGAGAUCGUAGUUGGCUCUAAUAUGGACAAAAUAUUCAUUGUCAUGGAUUAUGUGGAACAUGAUCUUAAAAGUCUCAUGGAAACUAUGAGGGAAAAGAAACAAGUAUUUCUACCAGGUGAAAUUAAAUGUUUAAUGACUCAGUUACUUAAGGCGGUACACCACUUGCAUGAUAAUUGGAUUUUGCAUAGAGAUCUUAAAACGAGCAACCUAUUGCUAUCACAUAAGGGAAUAUUGAAGGUUGGUGAUUUUGGUCUAGCUCGUGAGUACGGCUCCCCUCUGCGGCAGUACACUCCUGUAGUGGUGACUCUGUGGUACCGCGCGCCUGAGCUGCUGCUGUGCUGCAAGGAGUACUCCACUCCAAUAGAUAUAUGGAGCGUGGGCUGCAUCUUCGCAGAACUGGUCACUAUGAACCCACUGUUCACCGGCAAGAAGGAAAUCGACCAACUUAAUAUUAUAUUCAAGGAACUGGGAACACCUUCAGAGUUGCUGUGGCCGGGAUACAAGGAUCUGCCGAUCGUUCAGAAGAUGACGUUCGCUGAGCAUCCGUCUGGUGGUCUGCGGCGGAAAAUAGGCUCCGACCUACUGUCUGAAGCGGGACACUCUCUACUACAAGGGUUCCUUACAUACAACCCCGCUAGGAGGUUGACGGCGGACGCGGCUCUCGAACACGCUUACUUCAAGGAGCAGCCAGUCGCCAUCGAGCCGGCCAUGUUUCCUACGUGGCCAGCUAAAUCGGAGGGCAACCGUCGCACCACCCACAGUCCUAAGCCUCCAGCGGGCGGCGCGGCCUACGCCCAGUACGCUCGCUCCGACGACGAAGCCCUCGGCUUCCACGUACAGAACCGCUCGCUUAACGUCGCACCCGGCUUCUCACUUAAAUUCUGA